GGAGACACAUCUCAUCUCUCACACCCCCAAAAACACACACAGACACACAAGCUCCGGCAGAUCCCCGCCGCCGCCGCCGCCGCAGGACACCACCACACAGAGCGAGGGGAGGGGGGCACCGUUGGUUUCUCCUGCAGCCCGGUCAAGAGAGCGCGUCUUCUCCGGAGAGAUGGCCGGUGUCUUGGCGUGGUUUUGGAACGAGAGGUUCUGGCUGCCUCACAACGUCACCUGGGCUGACUUGAAGAACACGGACGAGGCGACGUUCCCGCAAGCCGAGGACCUUUACCUGGCGUGUCCCCUCGCCUUCUGCAUCUUCAUGAUACGGCUGGUUUUCGAAAGGUUUAUUGCGAGACCAUGUGCAAUGGGCCUGAAGAUCCAAGCCAGUGGGCCCCAGAAAGCACAACCCAACGCUAUCUUGGAGAAGGUGUUCACGGCUAUAACUAAGCACCCAGAUGAGAAGAGGCUGGAGGGCUUGUCAAAGCAGCUGGACUGGGACGUCCGGACCAUCCAGCGCUGGUUCCGACAACGCCGCAACCAGGAAAAACCCAGCACUCUAGCACGCUUCUGCGAAAGCAUGUGGAGGUUUACAUUCUACCUUUAUAUAUUCACCUACGGUGUGCGUUUCCUUAAAAAGACUCCGUGGCUAUGGAACACUAAAGAGUGCUGGUACAACUACCCUUACCAGCCACUGACUGUGGACAUCCACUAUUAUUACAUUCUGGAGCUGUCCUUCUACCUGUCCCUCCUCUUCUCCCAAUUCACAGACAUCAGGAGGAAGGAUUUUCUGAUCAUGUUCCUGCACCACCUGGCAACAAUCUCCCUCAUCACCUUUUCCUAUGUGAACAACAUGGCACGAGUGGGAACACUGGUCAUGUGUCUACACGAUGCGGCCGACGUGCUGAUGGAGGCUGCUAAGAUGGCCAAUUAUGCAAAGUGCCAGGCACUUUGCAAUCUGUUGUUUGCCAUGUUUGCAAUUCUCUUCAUAAGUUCCAGGCUGGGAGUCUAUCCUGUCUGGAUUUUAAACACAACCUUGUUUGAGAGCUGGGAGAUCGUGGGGCCCUACCCGUCCUGGUGGGUGUUCAACCUGCUGCUGAUUCUCCUGCAGCUCCUGCACUCCUUCUGGUCCUACCUCAUAGUGAAGACAGCCUGCCGAGCCAUCUCCAAAGGAAAGGCGGGAAAGUGGAAUCCUUUACAUGUGUCUAAAGACGAUCGCAGUGACAUCGAGUCCAGCUCGGAUGAGGAUGAGAGUCCCCCGCCCAAUCAGAAGCACCAUAACAAUGCCACUAAUGGGACCAACAAAAGUCACGGGACCAAUGGCUACCUGACAGGAACCCCGUGUCCAGACGAACACUGACUAAACCCCAUCAGAUAUGACAAUACCGGAGCCAAGCUACAGCCAUCAUCCAUGACUCAGAAUGAGCGUGUAUUUGCGUGUAUGACGGAAACAGGAAACCUGUGCAGUACUGGAAGUUUUUCGAUGGAGUUAUGGGAAAGCAGGUUUGUCAGUUCGAUUCUUUGCUCAUGUUCUCUCGCAAUUUAUUCUCUUCAUCUAUUUGCAUCACACUUCAGUCAAUGAAAUAUCAAAGCACUCCUGUCGGUACGACCCAUUCUCUGUUCAGCCAGUGAAUGAACACAUUCCACUUUAUGGUGUAAGCAUGCUAUUUAAACAUACAGUAGUCUGGCAUACUGGGGGUGUCUUUCUUAAGUUAGCAUCUUUUUGUAUUAUUUAUUUUUUAGAUACGUUCGCAGAUUAUGGUCAGAUGUCAUACCUACUUUCAUGACAGUGUUAAAGAUUGAACAAUAUAGCUGUGUUUCAGCUCACUCUGUCCACUGUAUAAUCAUAUGGUACAUCACAAUACUGAGCGCUGGCAAAAUACCGAAGAACCGGAUUUGCUUUUGAUGCUUCACCCCCAAAGACAUGCCAAAAUUAUGACCGAAUUUGUUUUUACUCACAAAUGAAUUUGUAAUGUGUGUACUUGACUCACAUUGUGAUGGAAAAUGGCAAACUAUUCUCCACUCAUGAAUUGUAAAUGAGAUGUCAACACCAGUAUUAUAUGUGUGCAUAAGAUAUGGCUAGAUGCUGUAUUUCCAAUGAAGCUUUUUUGUUAAGUAUUCUGGUACAUUUCUGGUAAGAAUUUCAUUAAAUGUUAUUUGCCCUCUUAGGAGGCAGACAUGAGGUGUUUGAAUUAUUCAA